AUGGUGUUGCGUGGUAUCGUGCGCUGCCUGGUUGCAGUACUGGUUCAGGGCGUGGUUUGCGCCAAUCUGGCUAGUGCCGAGCCAACCAUUGGAGUCGAUGUGGAUGGCAACCUUUUCAUCAACAGCUCAUCCUCGGGCGGGGAUGCGCGGCUGCUGCUCAACGGUGUUGAUGUGAUCCAAGAGUUGGCUGAUCUGCGGAGGCUCUAUGCUGGCAGGACGACAACGGCCUCCACCACAACGGUCCCCACCACGGCCUCCACUACCACGACUGCCAGCACGGUCCUCACCACCACGACCGCGCCCGCAAACACAAACGUGACACACUUUGGCACAGUUGGAUGUCAGCUGGAGAAUGUUCCCUCGGGCGUGACACAUAUUCAAGGCAGCUUCUUGCUUGAUGAGUGUGUACAACUGAGGUCGACGGAUCUGCUCAUUUUCAGCAAGCUUGUUUACGUGAGUGGCAACUUUCGAAUCUAUUCAUUCUACUCGCCUCGGCAGUUCAAUGAUGCAGUUACCAAUGUCGAUGGAUUGAAAAGAACCCUAACUGUUGGUGGCUUCUUUAGCCUCGGUUAUAUUUCUGGCCUUGUCGACAUCAAUGGGCUUGCAAACAUCACAAGCAUUGGCGGCGUUUUGAACCUGGCAUCCAAUGAUGAUCUGAUCAAUGUCGAUGGGCUUUCGGGUCUUACAAGCAUUCCUGGCAAUGUCUGCUUGAAUGACAAUAAUGGCUUGAUCAACAUCGACGGGCUUGCGAAUAUCACAAGCGUCGGCGGCGACGUUUCCUUGGGCUAUAAUCGCAAACUGACAAACGUCAAUGGGUUCCAGAGUCUUACCAGCAUUGGCGGGGACUUGGGCCUCAGUCAUAAUGAAGCCCUGAGCAAUGUCAAUGGUUUUGCAAGUGUUGCAAGCGUCGGCGGCGACUUGCUUUGCGAACGGUUCAAGCAGCAGAGUCGCCUCUUCCCGCAGCAAAACGAGCAGCAUUAA